UGAUCUUGAUUAUCUGAUUGGGUUUGGUAUGAUUUUGGAGUUCCAUUCUCCUAAGGAAGUUAGGUUGAGUUCUAAUCAAUGCUAGUUGAAAUUGUUCGAAUUUUGUGUGGUAUAUGUGGGUGAUGAUAUCGGAUGACAGCUUAUAAUUUUCAUAGCUCUUGGAGGUUGAGGUUGAAGCAAAUAGCUAGCACAUUGUGAUCUUCUCAACUUUAACUUUGUUGAGGUUACAUAAAUUGGAGAUGAAAAGCCCUUGGCUUAACAAAUUAUCAAGAAAUUUCAGGUCUAGAUCACCAUUCAAGUGGUUACUCUUGUGUCUUGUCAGUGUCUUGGUGGUGAUAGCAUUGCUAGGAUCAUCUUCAAGUACCUUUAAUUCAGUCACUUCCUCUGUGAAGAAUGAUAUAUACACGAAUUACAGAAAGCUAAAGGAGCAAGCAAGAAGCGAUUAUUUAGAGUUAAAAAGCCUUGCUGUGGGAGAAAAUCAGAUAAAGGAUGUUGGUGUUUGUGGUAAGGAAAGAGAAAAUUAUGUGCCUUGGUACAAUGUGUCUGCAAAUAUUCUAGCUGGGCUUAAAGAUGGCGAGGAGUUAGAUCGGCAUAGUGAGUUAUCACGAGAACAUCAAUAUUGUCUGAUUCGUCCACCUAAGGACUAUAAGAUUCCGUUGUCUUGGCCAGCAGGAAGGGAUGUUAUAUGGAGUGGAAAUGUGAAGCUAACCAAAGAUCAGUUCCUUUCUUCUGGAAGCAUUAUGAAAAGGCUAAUGUUACUAGAAGAAAAUCAAAUUGCUUUCCAUUCACAAGAUGGGAUGAUGGUUGAUGAUGUCAAAGAUUACUCUCACCUAAUUGCAGAGAUGAUUGGGCUGGGAAGUGACACAGAAUUCCUUCAAGCUGGUGUGCGUACUGUACUAGAUAUUGGUUGUGGCUUUGGUAGCUUCAGUGCCCACCUGCUCUCGCUCAACUUGAUGGCUCUUUGUGUGGCAGCUUAUGGUUCAUCUGGUAGCCAUGUUCAGGUAGCACUUGAGAGAGGCCUUCCUGCAGUCAUCGGAAACUUUAUUUCAAAACAGCUACCAUUUCCAUCAUUGUCCUAUGACAUGGUUCAUUGUGCUCAGUGUGGAAUCAUUUGGGACAGCAAAGAUGGGCUGUUUCUUAUUGAAAUUGACCGUGUACUCAAGCCUGGAGGUUACUUUGUUUUGACCUCAUCCACAACCCAGCAGCAGGGCAGUUCUACCGGUGCAAAGAAGGGAAUCAUGUCUACUUCUUUGGAAGAUUUCACUAAGAAACUCUGUUGGUCUCUUUUGGAACAGCAAGACGAAACUUUCAUCUGGCAGAAAACGGUUGAUUCCCAGUGCUACACAUCUGGCAAGCAGGAUACUAUACCAAUUUGUAAAGGACAGGAUAUGCAACUGUACUACCAGCCACUUGCACAUUGUAUAUCUGGAACAGGCAGUGAUCGAUGGAUUCCAAUUCAUAGCAGAUCUGAUUCUAUGAACUCAACUGAGCUCAAAGUUCAUGGAGUUUAUCCUGACAAUUUCUUUGAGGAUUCAGAAUUCUGGAAAUCAGCUGUGCGAAACUAUUGGUCUUUGCUGUCACCCUUGAUUUUCUCUGACCAUCCAAAGAGGCCAGGUGAUGACGAUCCAUUGCCUCCGUAUAAUAUGGUGCGGAAUGUCUUGGACAUGAAUGCUCAUUAUGGGGGUUUAAAUGCCGCAUUGUUGGAGGCAGGAAAGUCAGUUUGGGUGAUGAAUGUUGUGCCUCUUGGGGUGCAUAAUACACUUCCUCUGAUACUUGAUCGAGGCUUUGCUGGCAUUUUGCAUAACUGGUGUGAACCCUUUCCUACAUAUCCACGAACAUAUGAUUUGCUCCAUGGUAAUGGACUUCUUUCGCACCUUGAAUCACAAGGAUGCAGUAUAGUUGAAGUGCUUUUUGAGAUGGACCGAAUCUUACGGCCUGAGGGAUGGAUUAUUCUCUCUGAUAAAUUGGGCCCUAUAGAGAAAGUGCGGAUGGUAGCAACACAAAUGCGCUGGGAAGCCAGGGUAAUUGACCUCCAGGAUGGAAGUGACCAACGACUACUCGUAUGCCAAAAAUCAUUCGUGAGAAAGUGAUCAUCUUGAAGUGGAAUUCACAAUCCAAUGAUUAGCCACUCCUUGUCCCAUGCCACAAGCUGCACGGCCACGUCUCAAUCUUGACAUCCUUUUAGAUGGAUAAUAAGGUGGCCUCAAAGGCGGAAAUAUAAUUUUUUGGAAUCUGUAGUUUGCUGGAAUAGAGACAGCAGAGAAAGAAGAAUUUCCCCUUACAAAAGAUUCAUGUAGCAAUUCAUUCAGCAUUGUUUUUCUUUACCUUUUCAGUUUAUUAACAUAUUUUUUCAAUUUGUAACUAAAUGUUGUGUAGUGAUGAAUCACCUUCUGUCAAAGCAAGAGAUUUUUUUCACAAAAUGUAAGAAUCAAUCAUAAUGAAUGGCUUCCCAAGA